UCACCUAAUGCUGGCGACAAGGAUGACCAAACACUGACGGUNNNNCCGCGACUCCAGCGGGGAGGAAGCUCUGCAUCUCUCCACAACAGUCUAAUGAGGAACAGCAUCUUCCAGCUCAUGAUUCACACACUUGACCCACUUGCUGAAGAGCUUGGAUCAUAUGGAAACCUAAAAUAUUAUGACACAAUGACUGAAGAAGGAAAGUUCAAAGAAAGGGCCUCUAUUCUGCAUAAGAUGGCCAAAAAGAAGUGCCAGGUGGAAGACAGUGAAAGGCAGAAUGGAGCUGCUAAUCACGAAAAAGGUGCAAAAGUGGAAGUUGCAGUAACACCACCGAGUGAUUCAGGACCAGUGCAGAAUGGAAUCGCCCAUAACGUUGAAGAAGAGAAUGAAGAGGAUGAGGACCAGCCCCUCAGCCUAGCCUGGCCUGACACCCCACGCAAGCAGCUCACCUACCUUCUUGUAUUGCCCAUUGUUUUCCCUCUGUGGGCUUCCCUCCCAGAUGUCAGGAAACCUACGUCAAGAAAAUUUUUUCCUAUCACAUUUUUUGGCUCUAUCAGCUGGAUUGCAUUUUUUUCUUACUUAAUGGUCUGGUGGGCACAUCAGGUUGGAGAGACCAUUGGUAUUAGUGAAGAAAUCAUGGGAUUGACUAUUCUAGCUGCUGGCACAUCCAUUCCUGACCUUAUUACCAGUGUCAUUGUAGCACGCAAAGGUCUGGGGGACAUGGCUGUAUCCAGUUCUGUGGGAAGCAACAUAUUUGACAUCACAGUGGGCCUUCCUCUUCCGUGGCUCCUGUAUGCUGUGAUUAACAGCUUUGCCCCAGUGGCAGUGAGCAGCAAUGGUCUGUUCUGUGCGAUCGUCCUCCUCUUCAUCAUGCUGCUCUUUGUCAUCCUCUCCAUCGCUUCCUGCAAGUGGAGGAUGAAUAAAAUCCUGGGCUUUCUCAUGUUUGGGCUUUAUUUUGUGUUCCUGAUUGUCAGUGUCCUGCUGGAGGACAAAGUGAUCCAGUGCCCUGUCUCCAUCUAG